AGAUGUGGUUGAAUGUAGUACAGAUAAACCUACUCAGCCAGCGAAGCCGACCAAUGGUGAUGCUGAAUUUGAUGAAGAUGACGAUGAUGAUGUCGUUGAUCUACGAGCGUUUAAUACAGCUGAUAAAGUGAUUUAUAUGGAUCUGUUUGAAUUGCCUCCUCAACCAAAAGUUGUUAAGAACUGGGUCAUGCAGCACAGUAAGUCAUUCACACAACAAAUCACCGUCAGAAAUUGCGGCCACAAGUUAAGAGCUUAAGCCGGUUACAGACGAGCAAGUUUUCUAUGUCAAGUUUUCAUAUGACAAGUUUCAUCCGCUCGUCUGUACAUCUAUUAGGCAAUUUUGCCAAUUUUUACCAUGACAAGGUCAGAAAACCAAAAAUUUGUCAUAAAAAAUUUGAUGUACGUGCACACGGGCAAUUGAGAAAACAAACUUGCCAUAUGAAAACUUGCCAUAGAUGACCUAUCUCAUCUUAACUGAACAUGCGUAGAAUGUACAUACUGACGUGUACUGACUCUGCUACAUUACUUCAAGAUAUAUUUGGCGAGGUUUUUGAUUUACUGGUAGCAUUAUAUCAAUAGGUAUAGUUGGGGCAACUGUCCCAACACAUUUGAAAAUGACUGUAAUAUAUAGCUACAAUUUGCAUAAUUUUCCAUGCUUGAAAAACACAACAAACACACUUUUAGUCAGUCAAAUCAUAACAAGUAAGUCUCUCUGGGACUUUAAUGCAGCGUCCAGAGCGGGUAAACUUUGCAGUUGGGAUAAAAGCUGUCGUAUGAAAACAGAAAGCAUUCAUCCCACUCUGCUGAGCUUUCCAGCCAUGCUCAUACGAACAGGCCCUAAAGCCAGUUUUCCACUUUCCGAAACGUAUCAAAAACAUUUUUAAAUUUCAAAAUUUAGUGAAUCUUGAUUGGUUAAUACUUCCAUAGUACGCCAAAAAGUUGACUUGCGACGAACUCUUCAUUUUGAUACGCGAAUACACCCGGAAGUACGUGUACUGUACUGUACUGUACUGUACUGUACUGUACUGUACUGUACUGUACUGUACUGUACUGUACUGUACUGUACUGUACUGUACUGUACUGUACUGUACUGUACUGUACUGGCUUAAAGACAGACGAAGCUUCUUCACCUGCGUAUGAUCUGUCUUUGCGAAAUAAAUAACAAAUCCAGUCCUAUUAAUUGCAAUGUAAUUCAUUAAUUGCAACCUACAACGAACCUAUUGUUUCCUAAUACAUUUUGUUUCGAAACAGUUGUUCCUCCUAAGUUGGUCACAUUGCCUUAUGUGUGUGGUUCAAAGAAAAAUGAGGAUGUGACGUCAUCUGAAAAUGACCUUCCUAAUAAUGACGAUACGGAACAGGCUGCUGAUGGUUCCACAGAUCAGACGCAAAAGGUUAAUGCAGGAAAUGCGCCAAUACAUGUUACUUUAAGGUAUUGGACAUCUCGCUUCCAUGAUACAACUGAUUGUUGAACCGUUUUUGUAGAUGCAAAUUUCGAGCGAACAUCAUAUACAUUUUGGACCUGACCCGGAGCAACUGCGAAAAAUGCAACCACAGGCCUUGCGGCAAAAAAAACCCGCGCCCCUGUGCUUCUAGUGCAGUACUUUUACUACUGAACUGUCAUGGUGGGGGGGGGGGGGGCUGAUAAUGGGAGGAGGGGCAUACAAUUUCCAGUUUUUUUUAUUUGGAAAGACAAUAUCGUACUACCCAGUUACUACCAGUUAAGGCUAUUAUGCACACUGGUUUAAAUUCUUAAAACGGUUCAAACUAUUCUUAAAACGAUCGUUUCGAAAAUUUAGAUGUUUUCACGAGUUUUUGUGUUGUUUAGAUUACCCGCGGAUGUAUCAUAUUUUGAACAGCCUCAAGUAGCUAGAUGGGAACCUAGCAAGAAUCACUGGAGACUAGAUGGCCUCAGUGAUAUUCAGUUUAAUGACCGUAAGUCCUAUAGCCUAGUUGUUCGUCAUGGUCUUGUACAGUACGUGUUCUUCAAUCUUCGAAUGGAGCUUAUCCCAUUCCAGCCCAGCCAUUAACUCCAGGCUUACAUACUGUAAAAGCCUCCAAUUGAAAUGCAGCAACUGCAGGUUUUGAUAGUUAGCUGAACACUAUUUUGGAGUUGUUAGCCAUUAACUCCAGAUUUUGAAACGUAAACUUUUGUAGUCGGCUGCACCUCUUGAAUUCUGAAUUGAACUAAGUUUUGAUGUUUGGAAUUUGGAGUUAACCCAUUAUACUAUGGGGGUAUCCUAGCUUUAUGGCUCCCUAACUUCUGCAGCCAUGACUCGCAAAGUGUGGCGAUGUUUGAACAUUCAUGAUAAUUGUACUGUUUCGGUGUAUCAUACAGUAUGCGAAUAAGUAAGCAUUCGUGCCUGCAACCACCACCCCCCACUGCCCAAAAUGUACGACACCUGCAGUUGUGAGUGUGGCAGAAAGGUGCAUGCAUCCCUAACGUUCCUGAUCUCUUUUAGCACACAAACGUAAACUAUUCCUUAUUUUUCUUCCAGAAACCAACAUGUUGCGUUUCAAAACUGAUCGAUUUGCGCCUAUUGCAAUAUUUCAGGUAAGCUUGUUGCAAAAUGAACUGUCGUCAAAGUCAACUGUCGUUUGUCAUAAAAUCCAAAUGGUAUAGUGGGCGCAGAAGUAGAGAAGAAACCGCUGAUUUGUUUAACCUUGUUGUCCAACGGGAAUUGUGAUCACUGUUCAUACCCUUGCAGACAGGUUUUUGAUAUUGGGACCCCUAAUUUAGAAAACUCCAAAACAUAAGGGUACAUAGCCCGCGUGCAGGCCCAAGGAAAGAAUAAAGGGUACAUAUAGCAUAAAGUAUCCUUCUUAUAAAGUUUAGCGAUGUAUCUUUUUUAUGUAUUUUACUCGUCGAGUUCGCCAGCCCUAAAACUUAGUAUUCACAUAAUGGUUUAAAUAUUUGUAUCAGUGCAAGUCAAUGCAGAUAAUUUAAAUUCAACCUCCAUUAAGACCUGUUUACACUUGCAAUUUUUGCUGCGAUUUUAGGUGCGAUUUUCUUCUUCUAAUUGGUCUGAACGAGUGGAUACGUCAUGAAUGUUCAGAUUGCUGUACAUGUACUCUGAACAUUCGUAACUCCUCUACUCGUUCACAUCCAUCAGAAGGAGAAAAUCGCACUAGAAAUCACAACAAAAAUUGCAAGUGUAAACAGACCUUUAGACACUGAGCUAUAUGAUUACUCGAAGCCAAAUCUGACCCCUAUCUGAAGCCAAAUCUGACCUCUGACACACGGAUCAAGAUUCUUGAAUUACGAUAGUUUUACGCAAUUUACACUAGUUUUACGCAAGAGAAUUGGAAUUUGGAAUAUAAACGCAGCAUGCAUCAAUUUGUAUCACUUUGAUAUAGGACUUGUACCUGAACAUGCCAUUUCAAUCUUGGGAAAUCCGUCCACAUGGUCUCAACAGUUGUAUCUUUACUAUCGUGGCGGCUGCUAUUGAUCUUGAAAUUGAAGUCAAGGUUGGUGUCAAAUAAAUAUAACCUUUGAGUCUCAUUGGAGCAUGCGUGGUCGAGUAAAUCCAUUUACGGAGUCAAUUCCGAGCCCGAGUCAAACGCCCGAGUCACGUGACGAAAUUGAACUGAAUGACGAAUAUGGUUAGGAGUAGGGUUAGUGUUAGGGUACUAAGUCAUUGAACUACAAAGACCGCUAAACAGUGACUCAGGCAUUUUACUCGGUCUCGGAUUUAACUCGGACUCGGAUAUGACUUGGUUAACCGACAAACUCAUGGUCCCUGUGAUGUUCGCAAAUUGUGUAUAUAUAUUUGUAUUACGCGUGGUAAAAAUAAGCACUUUCGGCCCAAAAAUGGUUAUUUUUCCCGCGCGUAAUGCAAAUAUAUACAAAAUUUGCGAACUUCACGGGGCUAUAUUUUCCUCAUUCUACAACAAUUCGCAACCAAACUUUGCAAUUUUACUCAUUUUAAGGUGCUCUUUCCAGCUAUGGUAAUGGAUUUCGUUUUUCCUGUCUAGAUCAAAAUUUCGUCUAUUGCGGGAAUCACUCCAUUAUCAAUGUAUUUUAAAAGUGACGCCUUAUUUACAGCUGCAAUAUAUUAAGCACAACUUACUGAACUUCAGACAUCAUUUUCUCUAUGGCGUAUCAUCUAAAAUUUCUUCAUUUUAGCAUUAUCUUAUAGAUAAAGCACUAAGCAUACUUUUUAAGUUUGUUUGCCGAUUGAGAAACGUAUCGAAAACUAAUGUAGUCAUAUAACCGCAAAUGGUAUAAUUAUUAUACUCAUUAUAGUUUUGAGCGCGUGCUGCGUAACAUACAAUAUUAAAAAUCUCCUUUUAAUGUUCAUAUUUUUUCUUAAUAAAUAUUGCUUCUGUGCAGGAUUCAUAUUGCUGUGUAGCUCAUGCUGAGGACUCAGUACAACGUUUACGACAUCUACGUGGUAAAUGGAUGUAUCCCAAAGAUCUUAUUAAGGUAUGAUGUGAGGGUCUACUCCUGUUCCUAAAAUCACCUUACAGUAAGGUGACUUCGUACAGUUCUCUAAAAUUUAAAGUAUUUUAAGAGUGCUUUGAAGACAGUAAUAAAAUAUGACUUCAGUCCGCGACACUGUUGUUGAAAAUUUCGAGCAUUAUAAACGACAAUAUACUGAACGUAAAUAUGUAAAAAAAAACACACUAAAAGAUAGGUUAAAAGCUUGUUAACAACAUACGGUGCUGUUUGAAUUUUGAGAAAUUUAGAAGAACUGGAUAAAAAACUCAAAAACAACUUCCCGCGGCUUGUUUCAAGAUUUCUAGCGGCCUAAAAGAUUCAACGCGCGAGUCGCAAGGAUGAAAGCAGAUCUAUAUAAAUAUGUUUUAAAACUGUUACACUAUAACAGCAAUGAAAAUCCCAUCAUCACGACGAAAGUAUUUUGUACAUUUACUUUCGUGUCAUAUUCAACAACGAAGUAGCAUCUCAGCUCUAUGCUAUAUACCACAUCGAAUGUAGAUGGCAGCUUGUAAGAGGAAUUGAUAUUCUAUAUACAUUCUUUCCAGAGAUUGAAGGCUUCCGGCGUGAAUGUAUUUCCAUCAGUUGACGCAGAGAAAUAUGUCAGCUUAAAUAUGAAGGUACGAUUUAGCAUAUAUCGACGUUUCCAUUCACCAGUAGCAGUUGGGAUGACUAUUUUAUGUCUAAGAACUUUCGUGUCCAAGAAUAAAUCGUCAAAUUUUGGACAAAUUUGUAUAGAUACAGGGAAUGUUGCAAGGGAAAGGUUGGCGUCAGGUUUUAAUUUCCUAUUGGAAACACACUUUUGUUUUACAAAUUUGCAAGUUUUAUUUUUUGUGUAGGAUUCAACGCUUGAGAAGAAUAUUUAUGACCAAAUGUCUCUGACUGCCUCAGCUUUUGCAUAUUCCUGGAGUCGAUGGAACUCAGAUUGUGGGAAAGAGAAGAUCGUUAUUCAAGCCACAGAACAAGAGACCGAUGAACCACCAAUGGAGGUAAAGACUCUUUUUCACUUUGGGGCUAGUUGUACCAAGGCCAGAUAGGGCUGUCUGCGGGAUAACAAGUUUUCAAGAUUUUUAAAAUUGGUCGUCGAUUGGUGUAACCAGAUUAAGUUUCAUUUUAUUAAUAGCUAUAGACUAAAUUUUGAUCUAGGCAAGAAGAACAAAAUCCAUCACCACAGCUAGGAAGAGCAUGGUGAAAUUGCAAAGUUUGGCCGCGAAAUGUUGUAAAAUGAGGAAAAUAUUGCCCUACGAAAUUUGCAAAUUUUGUAUAAUUUGUAUUACGCACGGGAAAAUGCACAUGCACUUUCGGUCCAAAUGUGGUGCAUUUUCCCGCGUGUAAUACAAAUUAAUACAAAAUUUGCAAAUUUCACACGGCUAUAUUUUUCGCAUUUUACAACAUUUCGCGGCCAAACUUUGCAAUUUUACUAAUUUUAACAUGUUGUUUCUAGCUGUGGUGAUGGAUUUUGUUCUUCUUGCCGAAAUCAAAAUUUAGUCUUUAGCUGGAAUCAUCUAUUGCGAGAUCCAUAUCCGUGCUUUCACAGUUUUUCAGACAUUUUUUGAAAGAUUGAAAAAUCUCUAUCUGGCCUUCGUAACCAGUCCCUGAUGUCGAUCCAGGUAUUCCGACCUAUGGUACGUUACUUUGGUUCAAUAGAGAGUUUCACAAUUUGAAACGGUCAUGGCAUGAAACAAAGUAAUAAUAUAUGUAUUUUAAGUAUUUGAGCCAAGGCAUUCAUUAUACUGCUGGCUGAAGUUGGUUCUUCGCAGUAAUCCACAUCACUCAGUUUAACAGUGGCGUUGCAUGUUCUCGCUGUGGACUCAUGUGAAAAGAGUCAGUCAAAACUCUGUCGAAAGUCGUGGAUUUUCUCCGGGUGCUCCGGUUUCCUCCCACAGGGCAAGUUGGUAGGGUGGGUUAGGAUAAACACAGUUAGGAAAGUAAUAUCUCAAUAGACCUUUCCCCUAAAAACCAAAAUUUUGAUCUAGGCAAGUCUAGACAAACAUUUCAUCACAGCUUGAAAGAGCAUCACAAAAUUAGUAAUAUUUCAAAGUUUCGUUGCGAAAUGUUGUAAAAUGAGGAAAAUAUACCCUUGCGAAGUUUGCAAUUUUCAGUCAUUUUGCAUUACAAACGGGAAAUUGCAGCCCCAACACCCGAAUCGGAUGUCAAUUUCCCGUUUGUAAUACAAAAUGACUGAAAAACGGCAAACUUCGCAAGGCUAUAUUAUCCGCAUUUUACAAGAUUUUGCAACAAAACUUUGGAAUAUUACUAAUUUUGUGAUGCUCUUUCAAGCUGUGAUGAAAUUUUUGUCUAGAUCGAGAUUUUAGUUAUAAGGGGAAAGGUCCAUUGUUGUAAGGAUAAAUAGUCUACACGCGUAAAAAUUGAGAAAAUCAACAACUUGUUCCAGCCUCCAGGUUGAUAUCAACAGGCGUGAACAAGGUUGUGCGGCCCACAUGUCAACAUGUUUUUACAGCAUUGUUCAACUGUAACAACUUGGAACAACAUGGUUGACAACUUGUUCAUAGUUGGCCGCACAACAUUGUUCACACCUGUCCUGUCAAUAUCAACUUGGAACAACAUGUGCGUUUUUAGCCGUGUAGGCCAAGUAAGUAACAUAAAUAAUCGUAAUACUCAUGUAAUCGGUCACCGAAAAACCCCAAUGGGGAGUGAGCUGAAUAAUAAUGUGUGUAUGUGAUCGUGGAAAUUAUGUAAAUAUAGUUGUUUGAAAAGAACAUCGUACUGGAAUACUCGCGGCAGUACGAUAGUAUGAUCGUCCUCAACUCGUCUUUACUGACGUUCCCGUAGUACUUGUAUCCCCAUGAUUUCGAGGAAAAUUGUUCACGUCGAAAAAUGUUUUGUGGUUAUUUUAUAUGUUAUUUUUACAAUGCUGUAAUGCAGUUAUGAAAACAGGGAUAAAAUUAACUCUUUAAGUGCCAUUGCUUCAUAAUGCGCCCUACUUCUAAAUUUUACUCUGUCUAACGCCAGACGAUUUUACUCGUGUUAAAAUAUAGGCUCCUUAAAUAUGUUUACUGCAUGGAUCUGAUUUUCGCAUUUUUUAGGAUGAUUGGUUUAUCUACAUGGCAAGUAACGAGAAUUCUUGUAAACUAAAGUUAAGUGAAUUUGAUGAAACUUUCUCAGACGAUGUUGCUGAAAAUACAAAGGUAUAAAUGAACAUAUUUCUCGUGGCUCCUUUGAAACAGAAAGCAAAUGACACAAAAUUAUUUUCAAUUACCAUUUGCGUACGGAACCUAUACAAUUUGAUGGGGAAGAUGAGUUUGCUACUAAAUAGAGGGUUGGGGCUAAAUACAGGAUGGGGGUAAAUAGAGGAUGGGGCUAAAUAGAGGGUGGGGGUCUAAAUAUAGGAAGGACUAAAUAGAGGUGGGGGCUGAAUAGAGGGUGGGUGCAAAAUUGAGGAUGUGGCUAAAUAGAGGGUGGGACUAAAUAGAGGUUGGGGCUAAAUAGAGGGUGGGGCUAAUUGAGGAGUGGGGCUAAAUAGAGGGUAGGGCCUAAAUAUAGGGUGCGGGCUAAAUUGAGAAUGAGGGUGGGCGCUAAAUAUACGGUAUCUGAAAAGCAAAACAUGGAAAUUGAAACCUGCAAUGGAAGUUGAUUCUUCUCGUUCAAGAUAGGAAAGAGUUUCAUGCCGUAUGAAUGACAUAUGUUUCUUUAUUUAUUCUUAGCUUCAUGCUGAUUUAUAUCACAUGGUCAUGGAUGGCGCUUCAGAUUCUGCCGUCACAAAAGUCAAAGAAACGUCAUUUCAGUUUUUCAACUGCGUAUCACAGCUUCUCAAUGCUACAAAAGUUCUAACAUAUUCCUGACAUUUUCAUAGUUGGUAUACUCUUGUUAAAAGUUGUUAUUUUGUAAAUAUUGUGAAGGCUUUGCCGGGAUUUAAACUGGAUUAAAUAGUAAUCCAGUACAGGAGCUAUCUCCUGCAUGUGGACAUGGGGGUUGCCACCAACCUAUAUCAACGGGUUUUGAUCAUAUUUGUAUUGAUCAUAAGAAUAAAAUACAAUGAACUACAUCUUUCUAAAGAAUGGUCAUAAACACAGAUCAUU